AAUCCGUAUAAUAUUUGUUUUCAUCCAUAAAUCAAAUUAUUACAUGCUUAUAAUAAACUAGAAGAAAUCAUGUUUUUAGGAAGGUAUACUCUGUCAGUGAAAUGGCGAAUUGAUACGCUCGAAACUAUGUAUACGAUGACUAAGCAAAUUUUUCUUCAAAGCGUGAAAGCUAGAAGAAAAUUGAGACUUUUGUGGUUAUUGGGGCCCGGAACCUGAUAAAUUUUGUUUAGAAAACAUCCAUGGAUGGAAAGCGGUCGAUAAAAAUGGACCCUUUAUCACCUGGACCCUGUUUAGAUAUCAGUGAUGAUGAACUAGUAACUAUAUCAGUGAGGGACUUAAACAGGCAACUAAAAUUACGUGGACUGUCAAGAGAGGAAAUUGUACGUAUGAAGCAACGUAGACGUACUUUAAAAAACAGAGGAUACGCAGCCAGUUGUCGCAUUAAAAGAAUUGAACAAAAAGAUGAACUAGAGUCAGAAAAGACACAAGAAUACCGUGAUAUGGAAGCUAUGCAAGAAGAUAAUAAUCGGAUGAGAGAAGAAAUAGAAUCAUGGCACUCUAAGUAUCAAGCACUAAAGAAAUUUGCAGCAGAAAAGAAAAUUCACAUUCCACCUGAACUGGAAACAAUGUAAAGUAUUUGUAAUGUAUCUACUAGAGAUAUGUAUAUUUAUUAAAAGUAAUAAAAUAAUUGGAUGUCUAAUAAUCCAAAAGAAAAGUAUAUGGUGAACAAGCAGUGUUAUAAUCUUAAAUAUAGGAAUGCAAAUAUAUUUAUAUGACUAAGGAAUAAAGUAUGUGAAGUUACUGAACAAACAUA